AUGGCGGCAGAUGAGGAAUUAUCUGUUUCUAGCAGCACAACUGCUAGGUCGUUUGAAGAGACUGAGAUAAAGCAGCAGUCCUUUAUAUCACGGAAUGCAGGUCUCCUGAUGAUAGCACUUGCUCAGCUUUUUUUCUCGUCCAUGUCUCUAGCCGUAAAGGUACUAGCAGACGUUGAUCCACCAGUAUCUGCCCUAGAACUUGUUGUAGUACGUAUGGGAUUGACUGGUGUACUCAGUCAGAUGUACAUAUUAGUACAUAAUAUAUUUUCGGAUGACAAAAUACCCAACCCUAUUUUAGGACCACUGGAAGUUAGAGGUCUUUUAUUCGCCAGAGGAUUUGUCGGAUUCGCCUCGAUAACGGCACUCUAUCACAGUUUGAAAUACCUUGAUUUGAGCGAUGUAUCUGCUCUACAAUUCUUAUUACCAACAAUCAGCGGUUUCUCUGGUAUGCUUUUUCUGAAAGAGCCUUACCUCCCAAUAGAGAGAUAUUCCAGCAUCGUCAGUUUAUUAGGUGUUAUAUUGAUUGCUAGGCCACCAUUUAUAUUUGGGCAUGAGGGCGCUCAGAUAAACGUAGACUUAGGCGCUAUCGGGAUCAGAACAUUAGCAGUCUGUGCCGUCAUAGUCAGUGUAUUCGGCGCUAGUCUGGCUUAUGUUACUACUCGCGCUAUUGGUAAACGAGCACAUCCAAUGCACGUAAUAUUGGCCUUUUCUUGGUGUUCGGUAAUAUUCGGUACACUCAUGAUGAAAAUACAGGGUGAGCAGUUCGUUUUACCGAAAUCAUCAAAAUGGACUGCAUUGUUGAUCGCUGUCGGAACAUUUGGUUUCCUCGGCCAAAUCCUUUUAACAUUGGGUUUGCGGAGAGAGAAAGUCGGUAGAGCUUCCCUUGGGAUGUACUUACAGAUAGUUUUCGCCCUCAUUUUUGAGAAAGUUUUCUUCAAUACAACACCAGAAAUGCUGUCAGUCGUUGGGGCCUCACUUAUCAUCGCGACAAGCACGAUUGUCGCCAUGAACAAGAACAAAAACAAGACAGAGGAGAAAGAAAACGACGAGCGUGAAACUCUCUUACGCGACGAAAGACAACGGUUUGCAAGCGUCGAUUAUGGAACUUUAGAACAGCGGAGGACAUAA